AUGAACCGGGUCAACGACCCUAAAUUUUGCAAAUACCACAGAAUUGUCAGCCAUCCAGUAGAAAAGUGCUUCGUGUUGAAGGAGCUAAUUAUGAACUUAGCUAGGCAAGGAAGGAUCGAGUUGGAUGUUGACGAAAUUACAGAGGUGAACGUUGCCACAAUUGUGUUCGGAUCCUUUGAUCUGGUGCCGUUGCCCGUAUUGUCAAAAAGAUCGGAGUUUCAAUCUACAAGGGGCAUACACCAGAAGACUGGUCUAUGUACAAAAGAAGUGGUGGGCGAACCAAACAAUCAAUGUGGUGAUGGCUUUGUGGGUAACUCGUCUUUUGAUGACAAUAAAGGAUGGACGCUCGUUACUCGGCGGAAGUCUCGUACGAAGCGCAUUCCUCAACGACAAAAUGCUCAAUCAAAGAAGGAGCGGUGA